AUGGGUCUUAUCUCCAAAUUUCAAAGUUCAAAUGUCAUUCUGACUAAGGAUGAUAUAUGUGGUACAAGAAAUCCCAUUGAUAACUACCCUUUAUUAACCAAAAUUGACCCUCCACAUGUUCUGAUGGCUUAUUUGGAAAGAUGUCUUAAGGAAGGAAUUCAACCUCUGGUGGAUCCUUUUAACCUUCCAGAAACUUACCAUGAUGUUCAUGGAAAGAGAAAGAAGGAGUUCAUAUGCAAAGGAUCUUCUAGGGCUCAGAAGAAGAAGAAGAAGAUUGUUAUCUUUCAGGAUGAAGAUGAGGUACCUCUAAGUGAGCGCCAGAAGGCAAUGAUUCUGAAGGAUACUUCUGGAGUCGUCCAGUCUUCAAGAGUUUCUAGGAAGCUCCCUUCUGAUAGCACUCCUUUAAAUUCUGAUUCAAUCUCUUGUGAAAUCAUCUUACAAAUCCCUCCUCCAUCUCAAUCCACUAUUUCUGAACCAAUCCCAAUUCCACCACCAGAAUCAAAUCCACCAAUGUCAACUCCAAUCAUAGAAAUUCCACCACCAAUAUCAAAUCCCAUAAUAGAAACUCCUCAUAUACCACCACCAUUAUCUCCACCACAGUUACAAAUUUCACCUAUCUCACCACCACCAAAUGUUAAUGCUCCCCAACCAACUAAUCCAAAUUUUACAACACCAAGAACAUCUCCCGCAAGAAGUGUUUCUGAUGGACACGUUUCUGACGGCACUCCUGAAGGAAUGUUCAAUUUUGAACCAUAA